GGCUGAAUUCAAACGUACGGCGGGAGCUGAGCGGCGCCAUCUUGGGGCCGGGGCCGUCACUCCGCCCUUAGUUCCUCGCUGUUCUCCGCCCGCAGCCGCUUGCCAUGCACGUAGCCGGCUUUGACUCGUCGGAUGAAGAAGGCGCUGAGGAGGAGGGGCAGGAGCCGCUGCCGCUGUCCUGGCUUCCUCUGUCUCCUGCCUACUCCUCCGCAUUCCUGGGCUUGUGUGCCCUUCCAGGUUGUAGGUUUAAGGACAUUAGAAGGAAUCUUCAGAAAGAUAUUGGUGAACUAAUGAACUAUGGGAUACAGGAUGUGUUCGUGUUUUGUACCAAAGGAGAGCUCUUAAAAUACCGAGCACCAAACCUUAUAGAUGCUUACCAAGAGCAUGGGAUCUGUGUGCACCACUAUCCUAUUCCAGAUGGAGAUGCUCCUGACAUCACCACGUGCUGCACCAUUCUGGAAGAGCUCAGAAACUGCCUGGAAAGCAGCAGGAAGACAAUUAUCCACUGUUACGGUGGCCUCGGACGCUCCUGUCUCAUAGCUGCAUGCCUCCUGCUUCAGCUUUCGGAUGUAGUGACACCUCAGCAAGCCAUAGACAGCCUCAGAGCCUUAAGAGGAUCCAGGGCAAUACAGACAAUCAAGCAAUACAAUUUUAUCCAUGACUUCCGAGAGAGCGUAGCUGCACAUCUGGCAGCACAGGACACAGCACAGCGCUCUGUGUCACGGUGAACUCGUGCUGGAGUGAAGGCUUUGUUUGCAGACACCUGGACAAGGCGGCUCAUCCCAACCUGAGGAACUGCUCAUUGCUACCACCUCGGUGACACAGCUGCUGUCAGGUGUGUGCAAAGCAGUGGGGCUGGGGGCAGAAAUCCUGAUGGAUGUAGAACAACUUGAGCUGUUCAGCAGUCCUUAACCCUCACUGCCUUAAAAAUGCACAGAACUGUUAUGCGUUGGGGGCCUGAAUGCCUACCAGGCUUCUUAACACAAGGACAACUUGCACACGGACUAUAGGCUUGGAAAGCCAAUAGGCUGCCUUCUACUUCAGCGUGUAGAGAAAGAUGGACAAACAUACUUCCAGGCUACAGCCCUGUUUGUAAAAUAUAGCUAUAUGUAAUAGAUAUAUGAAAUAUGUCUAGCUGUGUGUAAUUGCUCAGUUCUGGCAUCUUCUCCACAGCAGCAAGACAGUCUCAAGCCAAGCACUUUGCUCCUGGCUGGGGGCAGCUGGAAGCUGAAGUUCACAUUAGAACCCCACUAGGAAGUUCCUCUCCUGCUUUCACUUUUGGAUUCAUUCCCAUGUGUAAAGCUUUACUGUUUUAUUGAUUGAGGAGUAUUUUGCUUCUGUGCAGCUGAGUGCUGGGCUACAGCAGUACUCAAAAAGCAACCAAAUUCAUGGGAGACAUUCAAUGGCUGUUAAAGAUGCCAAGUCCCCAGCACAGAGCUGUAAAUCCACCUGUUUUCUCCCACUGUAACACAUGAAGAUUGGACUUCAGCUUCCUGCAGCCACCUGUAUGCUGUGCUGUUGCACCUGAUGGACUCAAAGGGAACAAAUAAACUAUUCAUACAAAUA